GCGCACAACAGAGGAAAUGCUGCUGUGACACAUGCGAUCGCAGUUUUUCAUUUUUUUUUUUUUUACCUAAAUCCACACGCCCCGGGGCAUGUUUCUUUUUUGCUUUCAUUCUUCUCCCGCAGUUGAUUCGGACGUCUCUGGCAUAGCACGGCCAUAAAACACACGGGCGUCCCGGUCCAAGUAUCAGCACUCUGGCACCCUAGGCUGGCAGGGAGACAGCCGCGACUCGCACAGAUCGUGACAUCACUGCUAAUGAGUUGUAAGGUACCGGUGUGAAGCAGCCGGACCGAAGGGAGGCGGGUUUGGGGUGAAGUGAGGCUUGAAGCCGGUUCGGCUGGUGGCGCCCAUUCGCCGCUUGUCCUUGGCGUCGUCUAGCGGUAUGCCAUUCACAUGUGCGGCGGGUCGCUUUUCGUGGCGCCGCCGGAGCUGCUAGCGAGAGGAGGGUGGACUCUAAACAAUAGAGAGUCAAUGCAUCGCUCUUCUUUGUAAUCAGCGAGCGCGGAGAACGGAAAAGCACGAGUGGAAAGGGAAAGGCGGCGAGCGCCCGUGAGCGCAGCAAACAUGGACGGGAUCGUGCACUGAUUUUUUUUGUUUCAACACACAUACAUCUCUGGAUAUAUUUCUUGUUCUCUUUGGGCAUUGUUUUUAUUUGCGCAAAAAUCAUCAGAGGUGGAGGGGAGAGAAAAUGAAUUCGGCAGAAGGAGCCGAGGAGGGACUGAAUGAUUCAGACACUGACGCGUUUUUCAAAACAGGGUCUUUCAGAAGCGAUGGAAUCAAGGCAGCUGACGUUUUGCCAAUCCUAAAAGAAAAAGUGGCCUUUGUUUCAGGUGGCCGUGAUAAAAGGGGUGGCCCCAUCCUGACCUUCCCAGCAAGAAGCAACCAUGAUAGGAUAAAACAAGAAGAUCUGCGGAAGCUGGUGACGUACCUGGCUACUGUGCCAAGCGAAGAUGUCUGCAAGCGGGGCUUCACUGUAAUCAUCGACAUGCGGGGUUCCAAGUGGGACUUAAUCAAACCUCUGUUAAAAACCCUGCAAGAAGCCUUCCCUGCUGAGAUUCAUGUUGCACUUAUUAUUAAACCCGACAAUUUCUGGCAAAAACAGAAAACCAACUUUGGCAGCUCCAAAUUCAUAUUUGAGACAAAUAUGGUCUCAGUUGAAGGCCUGACAAAACUAGUGGAUCCAUCUCAGCUCACUGAUGACUUUGACGGCUCCCUGGAAUAUAACCACGACGAAUGGAUAGAGCUGCGUGUGUCCUUGGAAGAGUUCAUCAGCAAUGCCAUACACUUGCUGUCUCGACUGGAAGAGUUGCAGGAGAUGCUAGCAAAGAAGGAGUUUCCAGUUGAUGUUGAAGGGUCUAGAAGACUCAUCGAAGAGCACACGCAUCUCAAAAAGAAGGUGAUGAAGGCCCCUGUGGAGGAGCUAGACCGAGAGGGCCAGAGACUUCUGCAGUGCAUCCGGUGUAGUGAUGGCUUCUCUGGAAGGAACUGCAUCCCCGGCAGUGCAGACUUCCAAAGUGUUGUGCCAAAGAUUGCCAGUCUCCUUGACAAGCUGCACUCGACUCGGCAACACUUACAUCAGAUGUGGCACGUCAGAAAACUGAAAUUGGACCAGUGCUUUCAGCUUCGAUUGUUUGAACAAGAUGCAGAAAAGAUGUUUGACUGGAUCAGCCACAACAAAGAGUUGUUCCUUCAGAGCCACACAGAGAUUGGGGUCAGCUAUCAACAUGCUCUGGACCUUCAGACCCAGCACAAUCACUUUGCCAUGAACUCCAUGAAUGCCUAUGUCAAUAUUAAUCGCAUCAUGUCGGUGGCAUCCAGGCUAUCAGAAGCUGGCCACUAUGCUUCCCAACAAAUCAAACAGAUCUCCGCACAACUGGAUCAAGAGUGGAAGAGCUUUGCUGCCGCUUUGGAUGAACGCAGUACUAUACUGGCCAUGUCUGCUGUGUUUCAUCAAAAGGCUGAACAGUUUCUGUCAGGAGUGGACGCCUGGUGCAAGAUGUGCAGUGAAGGAGGCCUGCCAAGUGAAAUGCAAGACCUGGAGCUCGCUAUACACCACCACCAGUCCCUGUAUGAGCAAGUAACGCAAGCCUACACAGAGGUGAGCCAAGAUGGCAAAGCACUCUUGGAUGUUUUGCAGCGACCUUUAAGUCCUGGCAAUGCAGAGUCCCUCACUGCAACAGCUAACUAUUCCAAAGCAGUGCACUGCAUCUUAGAUGUGGUGCAUGAAGUCCUGCAUCAUCAGCGAAGGCUCGAAAGCAUCUGGCAGCACCGUAAAGUCCGCCUGCACCAGCGGCUUCAGCUCUGUGUCUUCCAGCAAGACGUUCAACAGGUAAUGGACUGGAUUGAAAACCACGGCGAAGCUUUCCUCAGCAAGCACACUGGUGUUGGGAAAUCUCUGCACAGAGCAAGGGCUUUACAAAAGCGACAUGAUGACUUUGAGGAGGUUGCUCAGAACACUUAUACCAAUGCUGACAAACUGCUGGAAGCAGCAGAACAGUUGGCCCAAACAGGAGAAUGUGACCCAGAGGAGAUUUACAAAGCUGCCCGGCACCUGGAGGUGCGCAUUCAAGAUUUUGUCAGACGGGUUGAACAAAGGAAACUUCUCUUGGACAUGUCCGUUUCUUUUCACACACAUACCAAAGAGCUGUGGACAUGGAUGGAAGAUCUUCAGAAAGAGCUGCUGGAAGAUGUUUGCUCUGAUUCUGUGGAUUCUGUCCAGGAACUAAUCAAGCAAUUUCAGCAACAGCAGACAGCCACUCUGGAUGCCACUCUAAAUGUCAUCAAGGAGGGAGAAGAUCUUAUUCAACAGCUGAGGGAUUCUGCGAUGUCUAACAACAAGAUGCCACACAACAGCUCCAUCAGUCACAUUGAAAGUGUACUGCAGCAGUUGGAUGAGGCUCAGGGCCAAAUGGAGGAACUAUUUCACGAAAGAAAAAUCAAGCUUGAUAUUUUUCUACAACUUCGAAUUUUUGAGCAAUAUACUAUAGAGGUAACUGCUGAGCUGGAUGCAUGGAAUGAAGACCUCUUAAGACAGAUGAAUGACUUCAACACAGAAGAUCUCACACUAGCUGAGCAGCGUUUACAACGGCAUACGGAACGAAAGUUGGCCAUGAAUAAUAUGACCUUUGAAGUAAUCCAGCAAGGUCAAGACUUGCAUCAGUAUAUCAUGGAGGUUCAGGCUUCAGGGAUAGAACUUACUUGUGAAAAGGAUAUUGACCUGGCCACACAAGUACAGGAGCUGCUGGAGUUCCUUCAUGAGAAGCAGCAUGAAUUGGAUCUGAAUGCUGAUCAAACUCAGAAACGACUGGAGCAAUGUGUUCAGCUCCGACAUCUGCAAGCCGAGGUCAAACAGGUGCUGGGUUGGAUCAGGAAUGGAGAAUCUAUGCUCAGUGCCAGCCUUGUAAACGCAAGUUCACUUUCAGAAGCUGAGCAGCUCCAGAGAGAGCAUGAACAGUUCCAGCUGGCUAUUGAGUCCCUCUUUCAUGCCACCUCUCUCCAGAAAACCCACCAGAGUGCCCUACAGGUUCAGCAAAAGGCAGAAGUUAUGCUUCAAGCUGGACACUAUGAUCCUGAUGCCAUUCGAGGUUGUGCAGAAAAGGUGGCACUGCACUGGCAGCAGCUCAUGUUGAAGAUGGAAGACAGACUCAAGCUAGUUAACGCAUCAGUGGCUUUUUACAAGACUUCAGAGCAGGUGUGCAGUGUUCUGGAGAGCUUGGAGCAGGAAUACAGAAGAGACGAAGACUGGUGUGGAGGUCAUGAUAAACUGGGAUCCACUUCAGAUACUGAUCAUGUUAUUCCACUCAUCAGUAAACACCUGGAACAGAAAGAGGCUUUCCUCAAGGCUUGUACUUUAGCAAGGCGGAAUGCAGAAGUGUUUUUAAAAUAUAUUCAUAGAAACAAUGUGAGCAUGCCUGGAGCAGCAAGCCACACCCGAGGUCCUGAGCAGCAAGUGAAAGCCAUUUUGAAUGAGCUGCUUCAAAGAGAAAAUCGAGUACUGCAUUUCUGGACCAUGAAGAAGCGUAGGUUAGACCAGUGUCAACAGUAUGUUGUUUUUGAAAGAAGCACUAAACAGGCCUUAGACUGGAUCCAGGAAAGUGGUGAAUAUUACCUUUCCACGCAUACUUCCCCAGGAGAAACAAGUGAAAAAACUCAGGAACUCCUAAAAGAAUAUGGAGAAUUUAGGAUCUCUGCCAAGCAAACCCAAGAGAAAGUGAAGUUGCUCAUUCAACUGGCUGACAGUUUUGUGGAGAAAGGUCAUGUUCAUGUGGUUGAGCUUAAGAAAUGGGUGACAGUUGUGGAUAAGCGCUAUCGUGAUUUCUCUAUGAGAAUGACAAAAUACCGCUCCUCAUUGGAAAAAGCUCUUGGCAUAAGUUCAGAGGAUAACAAAGACUUGGAACUGGACAUUAUUCCGGCCAGCCUUACUGACCAAGAAGUCAGACUUCGGGAUGCAAAUCAUGAUGUCAAUGAAGAGAAGAGGAAGUCAGCUAGGAAGAAAGAGUUCAUAAUGGCUGAGUUAUUACAAACAGAAAAGGCUUAUGUCAGGGAUUUACAUGAGUGUUUAGAGACAUAUCUUUGGGAAAUGACAAGUGGAGUAGAAGAAAUUCCUCCUGGUAUUCUUAACAAAGAACAUGUCAUAUUUGGAAAUAUACAAGAAAUUUAUGAGUUCCAUAACAACAUCUUUUUAAAAGAACUUGAAAAAUAUGAGCAGCUGCCCGAAGAUGUGGGUCAUUGUUUUGUUACAUGGGCUGACAAAUUCCACAUGUAUGUCACAUACUGUAAAAACAAGCCAGAUUCUAGCCAGCUGAUUCUGGAACAUGCUGGGACUUUUUUUGACGAAAUUCAGCAAAGACAUGGCCUGGCGAAUUCAAUCUCCUCCUACCUAAUCAAACCAGUGCAGAGAAUCACAAAAUAUCAGCUCUUACUGAAGGAAUUGCUAACAUGCUGUGAAGAGGGCAAGGGUGAGCUAAAAGAAGGUCUUGAAGUGAUGUUAAGUGUGCCUAAAAGGGCAAAUGAUGCCAUGCAUGUUAGCAUGCUUGAAGGAUUUGAUGAGAAUCUUGAUGUACAAGGUGAACUUAUACUCCAAGACUCUUUCCAAGUGUGGGACCCCAAGUCACUCAUUCGGAAAGGAAGAGACAGGCAUCUGUUCCUCUUUGAAAUAUCACUGGUUUUUAGCAAAGAAAUAAAGGAUUCAUCUGGACGCACAAAAUAUGUGUACAAGAAUAAAUUGUUGACAUCAGAGUUGGGAGUCACAGAACACGUUGAAGGAGAUCCCUGUAAAUUUGCUUUAUGGUCUGGAAGAACCCCUUCGUCAGACAACAAAACAGUUUUAAAGGCGUCUAGUAUUGAAGCAAAACAGGAAUGGAUUAAGAACAUACGAGAGGUUAUUCAAGAAAGAAUGAUCCACCUUAAGGGAGCAUUAAAAGAACCCAUUCAGUUACCCAAGACACCAGCCAAGCAGAGAAACAAUAGCAAAAGGGACACUGGAGAGGAUGCCGACAGUCAGGGAGAUGGAAGUAGUCAGCCUGAUACUAUUUCUAUUGCCUCAAGAACUUCUCAAAAUACAGUGGACAGUGAUAAGCUAUCUGGAGGUUGCGAAUUGACAGUGGUUCUUCAAGAUUUCAAUGCUGGUUGUAGCAGCGAACUGAGCAUCCAGGUGGGACAAACUGUUGAACUUCUCGAGAGGCCAAGUGAUAGGCCUGGUUGGUGUCUUGUUCGGACCACUGACCGCAGUCCUCCUCUUGAAGGCUUUGUCCCCAGCAGUACUCUCUGUGUGUCACAUUCCCGCAGCAGUGUGGAAAUGGAAUGUUUCUUUCCAACGGGAAAAGAAAAUUAUUCUUCCUCCAGCAAUGAAAAUGGUGCUAAGUCUGAGUCUGUGACCAACCUCCAGCCUCAGGCAUCAAUAAGUUCCAUUCAGACAAGUUCCCCAGGACCUAAACGAUCAGGAAACACCCUCAAGAAAUGGUUGACAAGUCCAGUACGUAGACUGAGCAGCGGCAAAGCUGACAGUAGCAACGUCAAGAAACUGCCUAGCAAGCCGAAGAAGAGAGACAGCAGGAAAAGCUUUGAUUUAGGAUCACCAAAGCCUGGAGAACAUGAAACCACACCUCAAGAUGACAGUGCAGAUGAGAAAGGAAGAAGGGAUGGUGGAACUUUAUCAAAAUCCUCUUCUGGAAUGCAGAGUGGAGGAGAAGAGGAACCAGAUGAAGAAUCUCACACACCACUCCCUCCUCCUAUGAAGAUAAUUGAAAAUGACCCUACACAAGAAGAUAUGUCCUCCUCAUUGCUAACCACUCGUCAAUGCUCUGCUGAUGUCCCCAGUGCCGCGGAUCUUGUCAGUGCAAUAGAAAAAUUGGUCAAAAAUAAACUGACAACAGAAUCGGUGAGCUUUCCAGGAUUUAGUGCAAUUAAUCCUCCAGAUUCUCAUCCCACAACAGUGCAGCCAAGAAAUCCAGAAGAGGAACAGAAAGCCAAAGCAUUACGUGGAAGAAUGUUUGUACUUAAUGAGCUAAUUCAGACUGAAAAAGAUUAUGUAAAAGACCUGGGAAUUGUAGUGGAGGGGUUCAUGAAGAAGAUUGAGGAAAAAGGUGUCCCAGAAGACAUGAAAGGAAAAGACAAAAUUGUUUUCGGAAACAUUCACCAGAUUUAUGAUUGGCACAAAGAUUUUUUCCAAGGAGAGCUGGAAAAAUGUCUUCAGGACCAUGACAAAUUGGCAGAACUGUUUAUCAAACAUGAGCGGAGACUGCAUAUGUAUGUUGUGUAUUGCCAAAACAAACCACGAUCAGAGUAUUUAGUGGCCGAGUAUGACGACUAUUUUGAGGAGGUAAAGCAAGAUGUGAACCAGAGAUUUACAAUUAGUGACUUCCUUAUAAAACCAAUUCAAAGAAUAACUAAGUACCAGCUACUUCUUAAGGAUUUUCUUAAAUAUAGUGAGAAGGCUGGACUAGACUGUGAAAAUACAGAGAAAGCUGUGGAACUCAUGUGCCUUGUACCAAAACGCUGCAAUGAUAUGAUGAACCUUGGACGUUUACAAGGCUUUGAGGGCAAGCUAACUGCUCAAGGUAAGCUGCUACAGCAGGACACAUUCUUUGUGACAGAGCAAGACUCUGGAGUACUGUCUCGCAGCAAAGAACGAAGGGUCUUCCUCUUUGAACAGAUUGUAAUCUUCAGUGAACUCCUCAGAAAAGGCUCUUCGACCCCUAGCUAUCAGUUUAAGAAAAGCAUUAAGAUGAGUUACUUAAGUAUGGAUGAAAAUAUUGAUAAUGACCCUUGCAAGUUUGCACUUUACUGCCGGGGGUCAUCUGAGAGAUUCACACUUCAAGCUGCCAAUCCAGAUAUAAAGCAAGCUUGGGUAAAUGACAUUAAUCAAGUCCUGGAUACUCAGAGAAACUUUUUAAAUGCUUUACAGUCUCCAAUUGAAUACCAGAAAAAGGAAUCAGGUAGCCAUUCCUUAACUAGAUCACAAGGCAGCUGCAGGUCCAAUAAUCGUCCUGUUUCCUCAGCUCCUGGUAGUACAGAAAAACCUCCAAAAGCUGGGAUGCAUCCAUCAUCACUACCACCCUUAAAGAUACCUACCUCUAAUGGAAGCUCUGGCUUUGAGCACCAUAAACAAGCAGAUAUGAAUGAAACUAGCAAGAAUGAUAUAGCUGGAUGUAAUGGAACCUCAUCAACUAUGAUGGUAAUCCAAGACUACAAUGCACUGAAAGAAAAUGAAAUUUGUCUAAUCCAUGGUGAGGUGGUUCAGAUCCUUGCCUGCAAUCAACAGAAUAUGUGCCUGGUUUACAGACCAGCUAACACACACUCCCCAGCUGCCGAGGGGUGGGUUCCAGGAUAUGUUCUGGGUCCCAUAUGUAAAAGCUACACAGAAAAUGCUGAUGGAAGCAUCAAGAAGUCUCUUUCAUGGCACACCCUACGUAUGAGAAAGCGAUCAGAAAAGGAGAGUGGUGGCAAAAUUGAAGCAAAGGUAGACAAUGGACUUCUUCGUAAACCCAAGGAAAUUCUGAACAGCAAGGUCCCUGUUAAAGGAUCUAACAGUUCUGAAGAGUCAGAUUGUGAUGAACUAGACCCCCAAACUAGCAUGCAGUUAAUGAACCCAAAUUUUAUUCAAGAAGUGGCUCCUGAAUUCCUUGUUCCACUCUCAGAUGUCACAUGUGCUUUCGGUGAGACGGUAGUUCUAAGCUGUAAAGUCUGCGGUCGACCAAAACCAAGUAUAACUUUGAAAGGACCAGACCAAAACCUUGUGGUGAAUAACAGCCGCUUUACACUUGAUAUCAGAGAAACUGGAGAAAUUCUUCUGAAAAUCUGUAACCUAAUACCUCAGGAUACGGGUAUUUACACCUGUGUGGCAGUGAAUGACCAUGGAAGUGCAUCAUCGUCUGCCUCAAUCAAAGUACAAGGUGUGCCCGCAGCACCAGUCCAGCCGAUGGCACAGGAGCGGAGCAGCACAUCUGUAAUCUUACGCUGGUUACCUCCAGCAAACACUGGCAACUGUGCCAUUUCUGGUUACACUGUGGAAUACAAGCAGGAAGGUUCUGUAAAAUGGAAAAGCAUAGCAGUGUCCACUUUGGACACCUUCCUUCUGAUUGAGGACCUAAUGCCAGGAGGCCAAUACCAGUUCAGAGUCAGUGCCAGUAACCCUUGGGGAAUCAGCACUCCAAGUGAGCCAUCCAACAUAGUCUCGCUUCCAGAGAAUGAUUCUUCUUAUGAUGGAACCACCAUUCACUGGAAAGACAACUUUGAAUCUUCUUAUAUUAAUCUUGCUGAAAUUGGAAGGGGCAGGUUUUCUGUGGUAAGGAAAUGUGUAAACAGGGCUACCAAGAAGGAAGUGGCCGCAAAAUUCAUCAGUAAACGAUUAAAGAAGAAAGAGCAAGUGGCACAUGAGUCAGCCAUCUUACAGCAUCUUCAGCAUCCGCAGUUCCUUGUUUUGUUUGAUACAUUUGAAUCCCCUGGAUGCUUUAUUCUAGUUUUAGAACUGUUGGACGAUGGACGACUUUUGGACUUCCUUGUAAAUCAUGAUGAACUUAUGGAAGAAAGGGUGGCCUUUUACAUCAGAGAUACUCUGGAGGCUGUUCAGUAUUUGCAUAAUUGUCGAGUGGCUCACUUAGAUUUAAAGCCCGAAAAUCUUUUAGUGGAUUUCCACAUCCCAGUGCCUCGUGUCAAGCUCAUUGAUUUGGGUGAUGCCGUUCAAGUUACUAAUCAGUGUUACAUUCAUCAGUUGUUGGGAAGUCCAGAAUUUGCUGCACCAGAACUAAUUCAGGGUUGCCCUGUUGCAUUGAGCACAGAUAUCUGGAGCAUUGGAGUACUUGCUUAUGUUAUGUUAAGUGGUAUCUCUCCAUUUCUUGAUGAAAGUUUGGAGGAGACAUGUAUGAACAUAUGCAGACUUGAUUUCAGCUUUCCAGGUGAAUAUUUCUGGAGUAUCAGCAACGCAGCAAAAGACUUUAUUAAAGCAGUGCUUCAAAGUGAUGGCAGAAAAAGGCCUACUGCAGCAACCUGCCUACAGCAUCCCUGGCUGCUUUCCCACAGCAGUGCAUAUUCUAAGACUCCCUUGGAUACGUCUCGCUUGGCUUCUUUUAUUGAGAGACGCAAACAGCAAUAUGACAUAUGUCCACUUACAAACAUUAAGAGCUUCUUGCCAAGUAGCUCAAGCCACACUGUGUGAAAUCCAACAUGACUGACAAGAGACUAAAUCAGUUGCAGGAUACUUAUUGUGGCAGACCUUCUAUUCAUUAAGUGUUCAUAUCACAUACAAGUCUCAGCUAUUUGAUGUUGAAAGUUAUCUAUAUGUAAAUAAAAUAGGAUGAAAAAGUCACUUUUUGUGGUAAACCCACAAUUUUGCUGAUAUUUGGUAAAGUGGACCAUGCGUGAAGGUCACAAAUUAAGCCAAAUUAAAUUCUGUAGUAUCUGACAUUGUGAUACUCCUAAAAAGCUUGUUUUUAUAUGUCGGUAUUUAAAAUAUAAUAAACACAACCCACCUGUGAAGAUGGGCCCAUAAUA